GUUUAAAAAUACCACAACGGGGCGGCUUUUAUGAGGAGAGAAAUUUUGCAUGUGCUUUCCAAACGAGCAAGGGAAAAAAAUAUUAACCGCGAUAGCUCGACUGGAAGAUGUUUUAAGUUAUUUUAGUCUUGCUUCUGAGCUCUGUCUUGCGCUUUCUAAGGUGAACGAAAGUUUAAGUUCAGGCAAUUGAAAUGAUUAUUAACUGGAAGGGAAGAGAAACGAUCAGCCGGGAGCCGCUCUCCGGGGAGAGAAGACCGGGUAUUGGUCGUGUGUAGUCCUGUGAAGAUGAUGUGGAGGCACGUUGUCAUGGUGAGCCUGAGCCUGUCUCUCAGUCUGAUCCACUCUUCUUACCCACAGGACUGUCCCAGCAGGCAGGACCUGAUGAGCUCCCUGCGGCAGGCUCACAAGCUGCUGUCUGCCCAUGAGGCUUCCUAUCUGCAGAGCCUGCGCACGCUGAGGAAGAAACUCAGCCUCCUGCAGGGCGCGGCACUCAGGCUGGCCAGCAGGAGCAAUGGGACUUGUCCCACACUGGACACACCCGCCAACGGCAGGAAACUGGGGAAGGCGAUGGCCGUGGGGCACGAGGUGCACUUCCUGUGCGAGCCGGGGUUCGAGCUGGUGGGCUCGGAGACCAGGGUGUGCCAGGAGUCCCUGAGCUGGAGUGGCCAGCAGCCCUCCUGCACAAAUAUAAAUGAAUGUGCUCAAACUCCCUGUCUGAAUGGAGGAACCUGUGUGGAUGAGGUCAACCAGUACAUCUGCAUGUGUCCCAAAGGCUGGACUGGCGCCAACUGCCAGACCCCAUCACUGACCUACUGGAGCGUCCUGACCAACUCCUCCUCGGCCUCCAGCCGGCCGUCCCGCUGCACCCAGCUCCAGGGCUCCACGCACUGCACCUGCGAGGCCGGCUUCACCCUCUCCGGCCGCGACAGCAGCCUCUGCACGGACAUCGACGAGUGCGAGCUGUUCCGCUCCGGGAGGACGGGGCGGCUCUGUGUGCACGCCUGCGUCAACACCGCCGGCUCCUACCGCUGCGCCUGUCCCGCCGGCUACGCCCUCGCUCCCGACCAGCGCCGCUGCAGAGAUGUGGACGAGUGUGCCAGCCGCCAGCACAACUGCACCCGCGAGGACGUGUGUGUCAACACGUACGGGGGCUUCCAGUGUGUGCGCCCCGAGUGCCCCCGCCCGAAGAGCAACGCCACCUACGUCAAGACGUCCCCCCUGCGCUGUGAGCGCAGUCCCUGCCCUGUGGACCAGCAGGCCUGCGCACAGGCCCCCAGCUCCGUGUCCUUCCACUACCUGCCGCUGGUGUCCAACCUCUCGGCGCCGCGAGUGCUGUUCCGGGUGUCGGCGGCGCGGGUGCUGGGGGACAGCCUGCGCUUCGGGCUGCUGGGAGGCAGGGGGCGCCGCCACUUCACCGUCCAGCGCUCCGACCGGCGCACGGGCCAGCUGCUCCUGGUCAGCCCGGUGAAGGGCCCUGCCACGCUGGACGCGGAGAUGGAGAUGACCGAGCUGGAGAGGGGGACCGUGCUCGGCCGCUACGUCACCAAGGUCACCCUUCUCGUGUCGCCCUAUGACUUCUAGCGCUGAAGGACGGACAGACACACAGACAGAGGAGCCCAGCUCACGGCAGAAACCACCCCCGUGAGAAAUACUCUCCAUCUUUCUGUUCGUAACGUUCCGGAUGCAAGCUUUCUUUUCCAAAGGAAGACCUUAUUGCCAAAGUUCUACUACAGACUACAGUUCUUAUUUAAUCUAACCAGAUCUAAUCCUCUGAGGCGAUAGCUAAGUACUCUCCAGCACACAGUCCGAGGGCACUGCUGUAUAAAUUACAUUUCCAGGUGACCAAGCUGAUUGCGAUUAUUCUGCGAUUAUUUUUAUUAGUAUGAAACUCUGAAAGGUGUAUUGGGUUUUGUAAGUGAUUGCUGCAGUGAAGAUGCAUUCUGUCUGUGACGGCAACAAUGUUGAUAGUGGUAUCUCCAAACCACAGAAGCCCCUGGGGUGGAUCGUGUCAAUAACCAAGCUGGGAGGUUAAUGUAGCCAUCAGGGUGCAACUUAAAAAUAAACCUCAAGCAACGUGGGGUCGGUGGGAUGCAGGUUCACCAGAGAUAUUGGCUUGUUGACUCGAGCAGACAGGCUUCCUUUGAACUCUCCCACGGUUCCUGGUCACCAUUCACCAGAUGUAGUUUUUUUUUAUUUGUUUUUGCAUUUGUAAUUCUAACUACAACAACACCAGCAGAAGAUUGAUGCUUCCCAGCAAUACUGCAGGAACUCCAGUUACGCAUUUCAAUGAAUAAAGCUUAUUUUAUAGUUUA